UAGUCCAAGUACGAGUUACAGCAAGAGACCAGGCCAAUUUCCAAAUUUGCUCGGCUACAUUUAUUUUUUGGUUUUUCUUAUGGACUGCUUCUAUUGCUGAUAGGUUCCAAGUAGUUCAAUGGACAUUCUAUUUCAUGGUAUUAUCAAAGUCAGGCACAAUAUCUUAAUACAAAUUAACAUCUGGGAAGCUUGACCGUCAGCAUAUCUUUUGCAAGCUUGUGCUCUUUCACCCUUGUCUGCAUUUCACAAAAAAACACAGUUUUUAGUUUUUGGCUGUCAAUUUAAAAACUUUAUCUAUGUGGUGAUUAUGAUAUCUUUUUGGAGUUUACAGCUUAUUACAGACGUGAACAUUGCUGUUGCAGUUGAAGCAAUCCAAGCAACUGGAAAUCUUGCCAGUGGUUUGAGAACCCAUUUCUCUGGAAAUUCUCGCUUCUUAUUGCCCGUAUUGCUGGAAAAACUUAAAGAGAAGAAGCCUACUUUAACGGAGGCGCUUACUCAAACUCUUCAGGCGAUGCACAAGCGGGGAUGCUUAAAUCUUGCUGACAUUGUUGAAGGCGGGUUUUUGUUUUCAGAUAUUAGUUUAUACCACGUUCAUGCAAGUGCUCUUUGGUUUUCUUUGCCAUUUUCACUAUUUCUCUGGCGUCGCUCUUUGACAUUUCGCAAAUUUAUAAUCUUCACUUAUUUUCUCUUUUCUUUUUGGUGAACUGUUUCAUGCCACUUUAUUAAUAUUUUAUCAUGAUACCCUGUAAUUUACUUGGCAAUGCUUGCUUGCAUUAUGACUGCUGUUGGUUUAAUUUUGAAAGUAAUGAUAUUUUAUGAAAUUUGGUCGUCCUAUUAGUAUGAUAUGCAUUGAAGUACUGUUAUUCUAAUUAAUGGCUAUCUGU